AGCACGGCGGCAGCCGCUGGAUUGAAUUCAAUGGAUCUAACAAAUUGAAUUAUCUGUUAUUUUAUUUGACAUUUAAGUUCUUAUGUUGUUAAUGUAAUAUUUAUUACAAGGCUGAGGGCUGACCAUGAAUCUAGAGCUGCUUGAGUCUUUCGGGCAAAAUUACCCCGAGGAGGCCGAUGGCACCUUGGACUGUAUCAGCAUGGCUCUCACCUGCACGUUCAACCGCUGGGGCACUCUGUUGGCCGUGGGCUGCAAUGACGGCCGCAUUGUCAUCUGGGACUUCCUGACCCGCGGCAUCGCCAAAAUCAUCAGCGCGCACAUACACCCCGUCUGCUCCCUGUGCUGGAGUCGAGACGGCCACAAGCUAGUCAGCGCCUCCACGGACAACAUUGUGUCCCUCUGGGAUGUUCUGACUGGCGACUGCGACCAACGGUUCCGCUUCCCGUCGCCCAUCCUCAAAGUGCAGUUCCACCCACGUGACCAGAACAAAGUUCUGGUGUGUCCGAUGAAGUCUGCUCCAGUAUUGCUCACGCUGUCAGACUCCAAGCAUGUGGUUCUGCCUGUGGAUGAUGACUUGGACCUUAACGUGGUGGCGGCCUUUGACCGGCGGGGCGAGUAUAUUUACACUGGCAAUGCCAAGGGAAAGAUUCUAGUGUUGAAAACGGACACCCAGGACCUGGUGGCUUCAUUUCGAGUGACGACAGGGACCAGUAACACGACUGCCAUCAAGUCCAUAGAGUUUGCACGUAAGGGCAGCUGCUUCCUCAUCAACACGGCGGACCGCAUCAUCCGUGUGUACGACGGCCGGGAGAUCCUGACAUGCGGACGCGACGGAGAGCCGGAACCCAUGCAGAAACUGCAGGACCUGGUGAACAGAACCCCGUGGAAGAGGUGUUGCUUCUCGGGGGAUGGGGAGUAUAUUGUGGCCGGCUCGGCCCGGCAGCAUGCCCUCUACAUCUGGGAGAAGAGCAUCGGGAACCUGGUGAAGAUCCUGCACGGCACCCGGGGAGAGCUUCUGCUGGACGCUGCGUGGCACCCUGUUCGCCCCAUCAUUGCCUCCAUCUCCAGUGGGGUGGUGUCCAUCUGGGCUCAGAAUCAAGUGGAAAACUGGAGCGCAUUUGCCCCUGACUUCAAGGAGCUGGACGAGAAUGUGGAGUAUGAAGAGCGGGAGUCCGAAUUUGACAUUGAGGAUGAGGACAAGAGCGAGCCAGAGCAAACCGGUGCGGACGCUGCAGAGGACGAGGAAGUGGAUGUGACAUCAGUUGACCCCAUUGCAGCCUUCUGCAGCAGUGACGAGGAGCUGGAGGACUUCAAAGCCCUGCUGUACCUGCCCAUCUCCCCGGAGGUGGAGGACCCUGAGGAAAACCCCUUUGGUCCCCCGCCCGACGCUGCCCCUGACGACAGCUCCGCCUACCCAGGGGGCGGAGACAAGAAGCAGCGACAGCCUUCUGCCGAGGGAGCCCCGCCCAAGAAGAAGGCACGCACCACCACCAUCGAGCUGCAGGGAGUGCCCAGCGAUGAAGUGCACCCCCUUCUGGGCGUGAAGGGUGACAGCAAGUCCAAGAAGAAGACAGCAGGGCGACCGAAGGGGUGGAAAGGUAAAGAGAAAGAUUCUUCCUUUAAAGCCAGACUCCUGCAGGGGGACAGGGAUCUCCCUCUGGAAGGCCGAGGAGUUUCAGGGAGCUUGGGGCCACCAGUAUACAAGCAGCAUGAAGUCCAGGGUUUGGACUGAUUGUGGACAGUGAACAUUGCCCCCUAGGGGCAGGACUGAGUUAAUGAACUUUUCGUCCCUGAGACUGGAUGUCACAUGACUACUCACAUUCCCUGUGUGUCUCCCCUCUCUCUGGGACUUCAGCUUCAUUUUUCUGUGCUGUGAUUGGACAAAGGUAUCACACUCAUGCAGGAAGCUGGAAUGUGCAUCACUGAAAGAUACCUGAUCUGUAAGUGCGGCACUCAUGGUCAGUAAAUGUGUUUUUUCCUCAUUAUUGUGUGUAACAUUUGCAUUUGUCUUUCAAACUGCACUGAAAUGCACGCAAGGAAAGCUCUGAAUAA